UCACCUAAUAAAUAGCCAACACCAGUCCUUUUCAGAAAGGUGGAGCAAAAUGGAGAAUAAUGGACAUGGAAAUGAGAAAAUUGGCAUAGAAGUAUGCCAAAUAACAGGUAAAAUAAAUAAACAUUAUCCUGAUAAUUCGAAUGAAUAUUCUACUGCCAAAAACUUCUCAACAAAUGAAUGCUAUAAGUUAAUCAAAAAAUUUAUACCACCAUCAGUUGUGUAUGAGACUAAAACUUUAACUUUUUCUCAAGAGUUUGAUUCUAGCAAAGUACAAGAUUGUAGAGAGUUAUAUAAAAAAAAAACUACUAAUAACAUUCAAGUUUUUAAUUUUUAUAAUUUUGUUUUAAAAGUUAAUAAGUGCAGCUUGGCUACAUUUAAGAUUUAUGAGACUUCUAACAGGAUAGCAAAAGCAAAACUCAUUGAACACGUUUUGAUGUCAUCUGAAGACCUGACCAAAUAUCUUAAUUCCAAGUAUCCUAGGGACCCAAAACAUAAGCGGACGAAACUGUCGAGCGUUGAUACAUUCAUUCUUGAAGAAAUUUGUAAUAAUGUAAUUUACCUCGAUAGGAAAAAUCUUUAUGAAGCGUUAAUUAUGAAAGUUAUGAAAAAUGGAACAAUUCACGGAAAUGAACCAAAUCCUACAUACAUUAUAGCAGGACAGAUUAUUUGUUUAUUUGACAGGAAUGACAACUAUUGUAAACCUGUGUUCAGAAUGAAUCACUUUAUUGAGGACGGCAACGUUAUUAAAGUGACUGACAUUAAAAUUCCUGAAGAAAAAAUGUCAUAUAGUACAUUAUCUGAAAGGAUUCCAAAGUCUCUAGACUUCCAACAGUCUCUCAUUUACUUCAUCAAUGGAGAUCAAGAAAACCUUUUUAAUUAUACCCAUAACCAAUUUCAUGCAACUGCUUUAGUGGCGAUGUUAAUAUCAGAGGUAAUCAGAAAUCCAAUUAUGAUAUUUAUUAACAUAAUUGCAAUUAAAAGUAAUUUCUUACAUACAUUUGAUGAGUACCACCGGAAACUGCCAUCUCUAGCUGGGGGAACCUGGAAAGGUCACAGACCCUAUGGUGCUACAUUUUUACAAAAAUUAGAUACAUUUCUCAAUUAUGUGAAUUUCAGUGAUUUAUCGUUCAUUGAUUGACCUUCUGCUGUCGGAGAUCACACACACUGACUCAAAGUGGUUGAGAUGGAAAUGGGAGCAGAACCAUUUUUAUAAUUUUUUUGUUUCAUAAUAGAUUUUAUUUUUAAUUCAACAUUUUUAUCGAUUCUUAAUAGGUCGAUUCUGGACGGUUGCGCUAACGUAGGCUAAUGCGAUUAGCAUGAGGUUGUAAGUAACAAGAACAUUUCCCAGGACAUAGACAUGUCAGAU